UAUUUGCUGUUCAUUUGCCUUUACUUCUUCUAUCUUUUCUUAGGGAGGGUCGGGUGCAAAGAGACAAGAGAGUUCUGGUGGUUUUGUCAAGGCGGAGAGGGACAGGGGCAGCUCUGGUAUAAGAGUGGGGAGGACUCCCCACCCACACGAGCGGUUCCCUUUUGAACUUGUUCAUGCGACCCCCAAUGCCCACACCCUCAGAGGUGCAAUCAGUCUCAAAGUAAGGGAAACAGAGAGAGAGGUCUGGGUGGAGAGAGAGGGAGAGACAGAGAGAGCCCAGUGGUUUUUCUUCCACCCGAGGCCGUUUCUCUCUCAUUUUUCUGGUCUCUCUUUCUUCGUAAACAGUUCCUUCUUUGGGUUCUCCAUCAUCCUCUUCUUCCUGCUCUGAAAGCUCUGUUUUCCUCGAACUUCCCUUUAAAAUAACAUCGACCGUAUAGAAAAAAUCCUUCCUUCCUUCUUUAAAUGCUUUCGGAUUGAGGAUUUACAAGAAACCCGUCAAAAAAAAGUUUAGAAGAAGUUGUUAGUCGUGAUUGAAUCAUUUUGGUAUUGAAGAGAUAUGGCACCCAAGCAUCUAAAAACAACAGCUGAGAUGGGGUUCUUCCAUCCUCCUCCGCCACCACCACCACCACCACCUCCAUUUCAUGGUGGUUUGGGCUCUUCAUCUGGAGGGAUGGAAUGCAGGAGUGGUGGGAUAGGCUUUCCAAUGGAGCGGGAGAAGAACAAAGGCUGGGGCUUUCAGGGGUUCAGUGGGGAGAAAGGAUAUCAUGGGGAUGAGAAGGAGGACCAGGGUGAGGACGGAGAAGGUGGUAGCCAUGAGAAUGAACAGCCCAAGCUCUGUGCCAGGGGCCACUGGAGGCCAGCUGAGGAUGCCAAGCUCAAGGAGCUUGUCUCCCAAUAUGGCCCCCAGAACUGGAAUCUGAUUGCUGAGAAGCUCGAAGGGAGAUCAGGGAAGAGCUGCAGGCUGAGGUGGUUCAACCAGCUGGACCCAAGGAUCAACAGGAGGGCCUUUAGUGAGGAGGAAGAGGAGAGGCUUCUGGCCGCCCACAGGCUCUAUGGCAACAAAUGGGCACUGAUUGCGAGGCUUUUCCCUGGCAGGACAGACAAUGCAGUGAAGAACCAUUGGCAUGUGAUCAUGGCCAGGAAACAGAGGGAACAAUCCAGUUCCUACAGGAGGAGGAAGACCUCCCCCUCCUCCCCUAACCCUCCAUCCUCUCAGGCCCUCCCCAACAAGAUGGAGGUGAACACCAGCAAUAAUGCAUGCAGUGGUGAGUCCACCAUCACCUCCACUAGAGAUGAGUCUGCCUCCACCUGCACAGAUCUCUCCCUCAGUUCCUUCACCAGUGGGAUCAUUCCUACCUUCUUCACUAGAUAUAGCCGUUCCCAGCAGCCACAGCCCUAUGAGUUCCUCAUGGGUUCUGAUGAAAAGCUGGUGGCUGGGAGGAAUGGAUGCUAUGAGAAAUUUGGUGACCAUGGGAGUAGCUUCCCACAUGGUGCUCCAAUGAUGCUGGUUCCUUGUUUUGAUCAUUCUGGUUUAUUAUCUGAUUCAACCACUGAGGCCUCGGCAACUGAAUCAGUGGCCAACCACAGGAGCAGUGCUUGGCUGCGUGGUGAAACAGAUAAUAAGAGGGAGAAGAUUAGUCUGCCCUUCUUUGAUUUCCUUGGAGUAGGAGCAACAUAGAAAGUGAGGUUGCUGUCUAAUGUACAGAAAGUCCAUAAAGGGGGUGGAAGAAAAAGUAGGGGAAA